CUGAAGGGAAGGAGAUGAAUCAUGCGGAGGCUUCAGCCGUGCAUAUCAUAUCAAAAUCCGCGGUUCUACCAUCAUCAUCCAUCAAACAGAAUUCAGAAGCCACAGCACAACGCCCACGCGUGAUCCAUCUCACACCAUGGGAUCUUCGGCUACUCUCCAUAGAAUACAUCCAGAAGGGAGUUCUUCUCCCCCAACCCCCCAACGCCUCCGCUGACUCCAUCCUCCCUCGCCUCCUCUCCUCCCUCUCCCUCGCCCUCGACCACUUCUUCCCCCUCGCCGGCCGCCUCACCACCAAAGAACACCAAAACAUCUCUCCUCCUUCUCUCUCCAUCUUUAUCGACUGCAACGACCAAGCAGUUGAGCUGAUCCACGCCGCCGCCGCCAAAGUAACGGUAUCCGACAUCCUCUCGCCACUCUACGUUCCAACCGUGGUCCGAUCCUUCUUCCCUCUCGCCGGUGCCGUCUGCCACGAUGGUCACCUCCUUCCUUUGCUCGCCGUCCAAGUCACCGAAUUGGCCGACGGUGUCUUCGUCGGUUGCUCCGCCAACCAUGCAGUGGUCGACGGCAGCUCCUUCUGGCAUUUCUUGAAUUCAUGGUCUGAGAUCUCGCGAACUGGCUCGAGCCAGAUCUCCCGACCACCUGUUUUGCACCGCUGGUUUCUUGAUCCCGUCUCUCCUCCAAUUCUUCUACCAUUUAGCAGCCACCAAGAAUUUAUCAGGAGAUAUAUUACUCCUCGUAUAGACGAGGCUAUCAUCCACUUCUCUAAGCAGAGUAUCCAAAAACUCAAGGCCAAGGCCAACUUGGAGAUGAAGACCAAUCAACUUUCCUCGCUCCAGGCUCUUCUGGCUCAUGUUUGGAGGUCGGUACUCCGAGCCCGGAGGCUUGAGCAUGAUCAAGAGACUAGUUAUAGCUUGGCCAUUGGAGACCGAUGGAGGAUUGAGCCACCAUUGCCGGCAAAUUACUUUGGAAACUCUUCUUUGAGGGCUACUGCCAAGUUAUUGGCCGGGGAGGUGGUGGACCGAGGCCUGGGCUGGGUGGCAUGGCAGCUGAAUCGGGCAGUGGCGGCACAUACCACUACUGUGGUUAAGAGUUGGCUGGAAUCAUGGCAACAGAAUCCAAUAUUUAGCUACUUUGAUUGCUUGGAGACUAGAAAUUUGGCGGCAGGAAGCUCGCCGCGGUUCGACGUCUAUGGAAAUGAUUUCGGGUGGGGGAGGCCGUUGGCAGUUCGCAGCGGCAUUGCGAACAAAAGGGAUGGGAAUGUGAUGGUCUAUGAAGGCAAUGAGGAUGGUAGCAUGGAUCUGGAGAUUUGCUUGUCACCCCAGGCCUUGGCUUCUCUUUUGGAAGAUAAGGAGUUCAUGGAGCCCAGUGUUUGAUUUAUUGGAUGGCUUUUGUACCUGUGGAACUUGCAAUCUCUGCAAGAUACCGGACCUUAGCCUAUCCGUUCGUUUCCUCCCUGUUUCUCCGUUGUUGGUCAUCUGUGUAAUUUUGUACGAUUCCAUGUCUUUUGAUAGAUGUACUUUUGCAGCUAUCUAUGUUUAAGAAAGAUACAAAGAGUAUCCCUUAAUAUGUGCUUAGAAACAUUUUGAAUUUUGGGAUUAUAGUUAUCCAUAACAAGGUUGCUAGUUUUCAAAGAU